AUGUGCCCAUACAAAGCAAAAGAGUCGAACACAAGCGCUCCCUCCCAAACUGACCUGACCGAUCGGGUCGAGCAGUCAGGUGGCUCGCCCUCCCCAUCUACGGGAGCGAUGAGUAAAUACACGCCCGACUAGAUUUACCCUCUCUUUCUCUCUCUUUUUCUUCUUCUCCUUUCCUCCCUGGUUCAGUGUGCCCCACGGUAAACGAGCGUGUGUUUGUGAGCGGGAGCGUUGCGUUGCGCAGAGGAGCCGAGUUGGUUGACAAAACAAUACGAGAAAAGAGAGCAGUAGCAGCACUACUUAGCGCCGGAAGGAGUUGCGGAGAGUACUGUACAAGAAGUAUCUAGAAAAACGAGAAAUGCACUGAAAUCGGUAAACUUUUAGUCAUCAGUCACCAACAACAUCGCUUCUACCGACCCGGACAUGGCGUGUUUGGUCACCUGCCCGAUCCGCCGAAACGCGUUUUUGAGAGCCAAGGUCAGUUUGAAGUCUCUUCUCCAAGACCAUCUUGUUUGUGCUGCAGGCGGUCUCACACCGGAAAGUGCUCAACGCGUGCAUCUGAUCAACGCAUUCCGUCGAUACGGUUACCUUGAGGCACAACUCGACCCACUCGGGCUGAGAAAAGUGGAGAAGUGA